AUGACAGAGUGGAUUCAGGACUAUGCACAGAGUCUAAGGAGGCGGACAGAGGAUCUGAAGAGAGAGAGACGCUUGGCUGAAGAUCUUCUUCAUCAGAUGCUGCCCAAGUCAGUGGCUAAGCAGCUUCGCCAGCGAAAACACGUAGAGGCUGAGAGCUAUGACAUGGUCACCAUUUUCUUCUCAGACAUUGUGGGUUUCACUGCCAUAUCAGCUUCCUGUACUCCACUGCAAGUGGUUGAGAUGCUAAACAACCUGUACAUGUGCUUUGACACUCGCAUUGAUUCAUAUGAUGUCUACAAGGUGGAGACUAUAGGUGAUGCAUACAUGGUAGUGAGUGGCCUACCAGAGAGGAAUGGAGAUAAGCACGCUGAUGAGAUUGCCAAAAUGUCUUUGGACCUGGUGGCAGCAGUACGUCAAGUUCCUAUACCCCACAUGCCAAACAAACGACUGCAGCUCAGAGCAGGGAUACAUACAGGCCCUUGUGUUGCUGGCAUUGUGGGAUACAAGAUGCCCCGAUACUGUCUCUUUGGAGAUACUGUCAACACAGCCUCCAGAAUGGAGUCCACCAGCCUGCCCCAAAAGAUCCAUGCCAGCUCAGCCACAUACUUGGCCUUGAUGAAGGAUAAUGCCUAUGAGCUCCAGCUGCGGGGGGAAAUCGAGGUGAAGGGAAAAGGCAAAAUGUACACAUACUGGUUAAUUGGUCACAAAAAUUACAGUGUUCAGAAUGACAGUCUUGUGUGCCACUGGAAUCCCAAUGCGCCAAGGAAGAAGAAGGCUCCUGUGGAAAGCAGUGCCUCUAUGGGGAAUUCCAGCAUCACAGUGCAGAGUGUGAGUGAGUCUGCCACGCCCGUCUCACCAACAGAUGGGUUGCACAAACUGGAGGGAUCUGAGGUUACACUGUGUGUGUCUGCGCAGGUGGAGAACUGCAUGGGUAGCUUUGGUACUUUGGGCUCCAUGAUUGGAGCACUGCAGGGAUGCCAGGAGGAAGACAGCAGUGUCCCACACUGGGAUGGAAACUUGCUGCCAGGCUCAGUAAAUCAGGAGUAG